AAGGUGAGCAGAAUACUGACAGGAUGAAGACACUUAAUUGUUACGUGCUGUUAUUUUGCUGGAAAGCAAUUUGCUGCAACAGCUGUCAGCUCACCAAUAUUACCAUAGCUGUGGAAAGAGAAGAAUGUGAAUUCUGUAUUACAGUGAAUGCCACGUGGUGCUCAGGAUACUGCUUCACAAGGGAUCCAGUAUAUAAAUAUCCACCAGUAUCAACUGCUCAGCAAACCUGUACCUUCAAGGAGGUUGUGUACGAAACAGUGAAGAUCCCUGGCUGUGGUGACCAUCCUGAAUCUUUUUAUUCAUACCCAGUAGCUACAGAAUGUCACUGUGACAGCUGUGACACUGACACCACUGACUGCACUGUGAGGGGACUGGGGCCAUCCUACUGUUCCUUCAGUCAGAAUGGAAGUAACCAGUGAAGGGAACUGGAGACAGCAGUUUGAUUUUAAAUGUUCCCUGCUAAGUAAAGGUACUGCUCAGGUUUAAAUGGAAAAUAACAGGCUAUGCUGGCUAGAAACUGCCAAGAUUGAAACAAAGAUUUUUAAGUCCCAAAUGAAGAGCUGCUGACUAAACUCCUCUUUAGAUCUUUCUUACUUAACCUAUCAGUAGCCUUAAAACCAUUUUAAUAAGUCUAUAAAAAAUGCUGCUCCCAAUUUCUUCUGCCUUUUCCCCCUUUUCCUCUUUAUCAUAACUUCAUUAUUUAUAUUUCUGUAUUUCCACUGCCUGGUUCACAUAGAUUAUUCUAUGCUAUUCUGGGCUUUCAAAAAGUUCCCAAAAAGUUCCUGCUUUUCAUUUCCCUUAAGAACACGCUUAUUUUUAAAAGCCUUGCUGCUGGUUGUGGUUCUAUUAGCUACAUUGUAAACCUCUCUCAGCGGGGAUCCUGACUGAUUUUGCUUUGCAUUAUGUUUCAUAUAGUCAUUAUGCUCUGCCAAUAAUAACAGCACGCAUAUUUAAGAGCCAAAAUCUAUGUUCAAAUGUUGAAUGUCACCUGAAUUCUUGUACUUUCUCAGCAAGGCUUGUUAGUUCAGCCUCAUUGUCACAAGUAAUAUGAACUCUGGUUUGUACCUGGCUAACUUGAAGAAAUCAUCAGCUCUUUAUUUUCACCUGAGUGCAAAAUUUAGUAAAGAGAAAUGUUUAGCAUUAUUUAACAUAGGGGUCUCAAAAAUUAUUUAGGGAUUAAUCUAGAGGCACCUGACCCCAGUAGUGCAAACAUGGUAUGACAAUGUGCCUUGAGAGCUGUUCACAGUACCCCCUUCAGAGAACGGAAUUUCACAGAACUCUGCAGCAACCUAACUCUGCAAAUACCAAUAUGAAGUGAGCUGGAGGACUGACUGAAUCAGAAUGGGAAGUAACCUCACAUUACUGAGAAAAUUAUAUGAAGCCUACAGAAUGAAAUCUUAUGGGGAAAAUGAAAACAUACCAUUCCUCAUCAGAAAAAUCACCUGCACAGACACAGAAUGGAAACAAUGGAUUCAGCAGCAGUUUGGCACUUCAGGCUUGGUGGUGUACAACCAGAGUCAAAAGCACCACAGUGCUGCAGAAAAGUGGGAAUGCAAGGAGCAGAGCCUACAAGACACAACCUACCUCCACCACUCAGUUCUACAUGGUAGGGCCUUGGCUGAGUGGUUAUUUCUGACAGAACUUCAGUGCAUCGAAAAACUGGAGAAAACUGACAGAAGAAUAAUAAGGGAGAGAGGCCUAAAAAAAUCUUAGGAGAAAAAGAUUUAAAUAAAUUUGGUUGUUUUGCUUAGGGGAGGGGAACACUUUGGGGGAAUAAUAGCAGAACAUUUUACAUGCUUGAAGACUGUUACACAGAAAAGAACAGUCAGUUCUCCAAAGAGAGCAGAACAACUGAUGAAAGAUUCAGAGUAAUCACAAGCAAAUCUUCUGAAAGCUACAGAUAACUAGACACUGCUUUUGUGACCCUUACAGACAUGCCUGUUUAAGGAGAAUUUGCCUGAUACUCUGAAUCUGUCGUGUAAUAGAUAAUAGAUAUUUUAACUUAUAUAGUUUUUAGCUUUUUUACCAAAAGGUAUUAAUUCUCUUGAAUUUAUUUA